AGUGGGCGCGCGCCGGACGCGGGAGGUCGCCAUGGAGCCGGUGGAGGGCGACCGACCGGUGAUGACACUGCUGCUCAUCCGACAUGGCCAAUGCACGAGUAACCUGGAGCACCUGGUCUCGGGCCGAACAGACAGCGCCCUCACCGAACAGGGACAGCAGGAGGCCCAGCUGCUCGGCAACUAUUUCCGGAAGCAGAACAUCCCGAUCGACCGGAUCUACUCGUCGCCCCUGCUGCGGGCGUACAAGACGGCACUGGCACUGGCCGGCGACCGGCAGCAGGUCAUCGUCGACCCGCGCCUUAUAGAGAAGUGUUACGGCGUGUGUGAGGGCAUCGCAGAAUCGGACUGGUUCAAGAUGAUGUCCAGCUCGGGUUCGGACGUCUACCACUUCAUGCCAGAGGGCGCGGAGCCCUCGGACGAUGUCCACCAGCGGCUCACAGACUUCUUCUGGUCCGUGGUGAACGACGUUCUGCCCGAACCGUCCGUCACUCCAGCGCCACCUACAAACGGCCACAGUUCCAGUUCGGACGGCCAGGUGGCGCGGCGAACGACAAUAGCCGCCGUCACCCACGGCGCUGUCCUGUUCGGCUACGCACUUUUCUUCAUGCUCGAGCUGGGCAUCCUGACCCUGGAAGACCCGACCAGUACGCCCAUCUGUAACACGGGCGUGUGCAGGCUGGAUUUCUGGCGCGACGAUGCUGGCAAGAUCACGGGCAAGACGGUGUACCUGAACCGGCUGGACCACAUCAACGGUGCCAACUUCAGCGUCAAGAGGGUGGCCGCCGGCAAGAUGUACCAGGAGGACUGAGGAGAUUGAGACGGUCGGGAGCCGUCGGGGAGGUCGAUGCGAGACUCCCCGCCCCUCCACACAGUGUCCGCCCUGCUGGGCAGGGCUUCGCUGCGGAGGCGAGCUGCGUCACGCGCGUGCUCGCAGACGGCUGCUCCGUCGCCCGGCUGCUGUGAUGCGCUUCUGGCCGGCCACCGAUCAGUGAGGUUUUAAAAAGACAGGCGGCGUCCGCUUCACGCGCCGGAGAAAAGCUUUCCUGAGCGUUGCGCUGCCGCUGGGCGCUGGCAAUGCGCCAGGAGAGGUCACGUGCUCCUACGCCAUCCAAUCAUAGAGGCCAGUAUUUUCUACGUCGGAAAUGUUGCGUAGCGCAGUCUGUUCGCAUCGGGCUAACUGGGGCACGAGUUGCUGCAACACACUGCACCUGCAAAGCUUUUUGGAAGCGCAAAAGUAAAGUUUACUCCGUGAGGAAUGGAUUUUACACAUAGUCACUACCGAUCUAAAUUCAGAGCCUGGCACAGAGUUUAUCUACUCUUCAGCUGCGAACUGUUCGAAGACGCACGGCUUACCUGCGGCUGUGGAUAGGCACGUUUGCCUGGCUGGCCCAAGGCCUCGAUUGUGGUAUGGAAGUGCCAUUCAACAGGUGAACAUUCCCCUUACCGCGGACAUGCUGCGGGUAGUAUCCAACCUAGGCCAUCAUUUUGUCUCUGUAUGAUCCGCUGCCUUUGAACUAUGUGACUUUUAACAUGGAGCGAUUCGACCAACAUGAUGUAAUAAAUGCACAUUUCGGUG